AUGCUGGACAUGCUCCCGCGCGACGUGGCCUCCGUGAACCAGAUCGACGAGCACUAUCCGCGCAUGACGGUUCAGGAGACGAUCGAGUUCGCGCACCGCUGCUGCGCGGGUAAGGAAUUGGAGCCGUGGGUGGUCGACGCUCUCAAGAACUGUUCGCCGGAGCACCACGACCUCGCGUUGAAGCUCGUGACGGCGCACCACAAGUUCGCGCCCGAUCUGAUGGUCAAGAAGCUCGGCCUGGACAACUGCAAGGACACGGUCGUGGGCAACGCCAUGCUCCGAGGCGUGUCUGGAGGCGAGCGUAAGCGCGUCACGACGGGCGAGAUGCUCGUCAGUAAGAAGCGUCUGCAGCUUCUGGACGAGAUCAGUACGGGCCUCGACAGCGCCGCCACUUACGACAUCUGCAAGUCGCUCAAGAGCGCGGCCCGCAACUUCAACGUCACCGCCGUGAUCUCGCUGCUUCAGCCGUCGCCUGAGGCGUUCGAGCUGUUCGACGACGUGCUGCUCAUGAACGAGGGCAGCGUCAUGUUCCACGGCAAGCGCGAGACUGUAGUCCCGUACUUUGAGCAAAUGGGCUUCAACUGUCCCCCUCGCAAGGACGUCGCCGACUUCCUGCUGGAUCUCGGUACCGACAAGCAGAACGCGUACGUCGUUGGAGAGCCUGAUAGUGUGCCGUAUCGCUCAGCCGAGUUCGCCGACCGCUUCAAGCACUCGAGUAUCUUCCAGAAGACGCUGAAGCGGCUGGACUCACCGGUCAAGGAGACGUUGUUCCUGCAGGACACGAAUCCCUUCCGUCUGACGUUCACUGAGGAGGUUGUGGCCUUACUACAACGGGAGUUGAUGCUGAAAUCCCGUGACACGGCGUACCUUAUCGGCCGCGCUGUCAUGGUUAUCGUCAUGGGCCUGCUGUACGGCUCGACGUUCUGGCAGAUGGACGAAGCCAACAGCCAGCUCAUCCUGGGUCUGCUGUUCUCGUGCUCGCUGUUCGUCUCGCUGAGCCAGUCGUCACAGGUGCCGACGUUUAUGGAGGCGCGUAGUGUGUUCUGCAAGCAGCGCGGCGCCAACUUCUUCCGCUCGAGCUCUUACGUGAUCUCCAUCGCGCUAUCGCAGAUCCCCAUGGCGGCAUUGGAGACGGUGGUGUUUGGUGCGAUCACGUACUGGAUGGGAGGGUACGUGGCCCGCGGCGACCGGUUCCUCGUGUUCUUCGUCACUCUGUUCCUGUGUCAAAUGUGGUAUACUAGCUACUUCUUCUUCCUGUCAUCGGCGUCACCGAAUCUGACAAUGGCUCAGCCGUUUAUGAUGGUGGCCGUGCUGUUCUCCAUGCUGUUCGGGGGCUUCUUGAUCGCCAAAGACGACAUGCCGGACUAUUUGAUAUGGAUCUAUUGGCUGGAUCCGCUCGCGUGGUGCAUUCGGGCGUUGAGUGUGAGUGAAUACUCGGCUCCUAAAUUCGACGUGUGUGUCUACGACGGCAUCGACUACUGCACCAAGUACAACGAAACCAUCGGGGAAUACAGCCUCAGUGUCUUCAAUCUGCCGACAGAGUCGACGUGGAUUUGGUACGGCUGGAUCUACCUGGUGGCCGGCUACUUGGUCCUCAUCUUGGCGUCGUAUCUCGUGUUGGAGUUCAAGCGCUACGAAAGUCCCGAGAAUAUCGCGAUUGUGGAGAACAACGACGCUGGAACAGACCUGACAGUUUACUCUUCGAUGCCACCAACACCGAAGAAAUCAAAAGACAACGAAAACGUGAUUCAGAUUCACAACGUCGACGAUAUUAUGGGCGGCGUCCCCACCAUCAGCAUCCCAAUUGAGCCCACGGGCAGUGGCGUCGCCGUGCCCGUGACGCUGGCCUUCCACGACCUAUGGUACUCGGUCCCGCUGCCCGGUGGCGCCAACGACGAACAGAUCGACCUGCUCAAGGGCGUGUCCGGAUUCGCUCUACCCGGAACGAUGACCGCGCUCAUGGGCUCCUCCGGCGCUGGCAAGACCACGCUCAUGGACGUCAUCGCCGGACGCAAGACCGGCGGCAAGAUCCAAGGGAAGAUCCUGCUUAACGGCCACCCGGCCAACGACCUGGCCACCCGCCGAUGCACGGGCUACUGCGAGCAGAUGGACAUCCACUCGGACUCGGCCACGGUGCGCGAGGCGCUCAUCUUCUCGGCCAUGCUGCGCCAGGACGCCAACAUCUCGACGGCGCAGAAGAUGGAGUCGGUCGAGGAGUGCAUCGAGCUGCUGGAGCUCGGCCCCAUCGCCGACAAGAUCAUCCGCGGCUCGUCCACGGAGCAGAUGAAGCGCGUGACCAUCGGCGUGGAGCUGGCGGCGCAGCCCAGCAUCAUCUUCAUGGACGAACCGACGAGUGGCCUGGACGCGCGCUCGGCCAAGCUCAUCAUGAACGGCGUGCGCAAGAUCGCCGACUCGGGCCGCACCAUCGUGUGCACGAUCCACCAGCCGAGCACGGAGGUGUUCAACCUGUUCGAUUCGCUGUUGCUGCUGCGUCGCGGCGGUCGCAUGGUGUUCUUCGGCGAGCUGGGCGAGGACUCGAAGAACCUGAUCAGCUACUUCGAGGCCUUCCCUGGCGUGAACCCGAUCAAGCCCGGAUACAACCCGGCCACGUGGAUGCUCGAGUGUAUUGGUGCUGGUGUUGGAGGUGGCAAGGCUGCUGCGAACGCGGACCCGUCGCAGCCGACGGACUUUGCCGACCGCUUCUUGGUGAGCGACCAGAAGGUGCUGAUGGAGGAGGACUUGGACCAGGACGGCGUGCUGCGUCCUUCGCCGCACCUCCCCGAGCUCAAGUUUAUCAACAAGCGCGCCUCGAGCGGCUACGUCCAGUUCGAGCUGCUGUGCCGCCGCUUCUUCCGCAUGUACUGGCGCACGCCGACGUACAACCUCACGCGCUUGAUGAUCAGCGUGGUGCUGGCAACGGUCGGUGCCAACGCCGGAGUGGGUUUGGUCUUCGUGAGCACGGUCUUCCUCGGUCUCAUCAGCUUCAACAGCGUCAUGCCAGUUGCCGCGGAAGAGCGCACCGCUUUCUACAGGGAACGAGCUUGUGAGACCUACUCAGCGCUGUGUAUACCGACUGGUUACAAGUGGGUGCAUUGGAUCUCACCCCCGACGUACACUGUUGCCAUCCUCGUGUCUCUGGUCUUUGCCGACUGCGAAGAUGACAGUGGAGACAGUAUCAGUUGCCGAGUGGUGCAGGACGCCCCGCCAACUAUAGGGGACAAGACGUUGAAGGCGUACGUGGAAGGCAGGUUCGACAUGAAGCACGACGACAUCUGGCGGAACGCGGCGAUAUUGAUCGUGCUCAUGGUUUGCUUCCUAGUGCUGGCAUUGCUGUCGCUGCGCUACAUCAACCACAUGAAGCGGUGA